AUGACUCUUCAUGGAGAUUCCAUUUUUGUUUUUGAAUUUCAGUCAUCUGAGGAUAGAAUUGCUGCUUUAGAACAUGGUUGUUUCUUUAUUGGGGGUCAAUUAUUUGUUGUUAGACCUUGGACAUUGUUGAUUGAGCAAGAACUAACUGAACUCAAGACAAUUUCCAUUUGGAUUAACUUAAGGAAAGUGCCUUUACAUUUGUGGAAUGCCAAGGGAUUGAGGAAGCUUGCUAGCUUCAUAGGAGUUCCUCUGAUGUUGGAUAAGCAGACAACAAAUAGUUCAAGAAUGGACUAUGCUAGAGUCUGUGUUGAAGUAGUUGUGGACUCUGAUUUCCCAGCAUAUAUUGAUGCUAUGGUUGGCAAGGUACAAAUCCAGAUUCCAGUGGAGUAUAGCUGGAAACCUCCAAGGUGUAAACAUUGUGGAGUUUUUGGCCAUAAUCAAGAGAAGUGUGCUUCUGCAGCUGCUGCUGCUAAGGUUGCAGCCACUGCAGCAGCUGCUAAACUGGUGCAAGGGGUAAUUGGUCAAAAAGAGAAUGGUUCAAAUAGUCAAUAA